AUGGCACCAAAAACUUUGACAUUUGCAUAUGAAAGGCUAAAGAAGAUUGUGUCUAAAGAAGUUAUCAGAGGUGUUCCUAAGCUCAAGAUUAAGGAAGGAAAAAUCUAUGUUGAGAGCCUUGGUGGGAAAAGGUAUGCCUAUGUUGUUGUUGAUGAUUUUUCAAGAUUCACUUGGGUGAACUUCAUCAAGGAAAAAUCAGAUGUCUUUGAGGUUUUCAAAGAUUCGUGUAAAAGGCUUCAAAGAGAGAAGCAAAAUGAAAUUGUCAGGAUUAUAAGUGACCAUGGCAAGGAAUUUGAAAAUAGAAAAUUUGCUGAAUUUUGCUCCUUUGAAAUUAUUGGCCAUGAGUUCUCUUCUCCCAUCACCCCUCAACAAAAUGGAGUUAUUGAGCUCAAGAAUAGGACUCUACAAGAAUCAGCUAGAGUCAUGCUUCAUGUUAAGCGUCUACCCUACCAUUUUUGGGAUGAAGCAAUGAAUAUUGCUUGCUAUAUUCAUAAUAGGGUCACUCUGAGAACUGGUACUGAAUCAGAGGUCAAUCAAGCCAACAAAGGUCCUUCUAUCAUAAUCCAGAAAGAUCGCCCUAAGGAGCUCAUUAUAGGGAAUCUUAAUGAGGGAAUAACCACUAGAUCGAGAGAGGUUGUAUCCAAUUCUUGCUUUGUCUCUAAGUUUGAGCCCAAGAAUGUGAAGGAGGCUUUAAUUGAUAAAUUAUGGAUCAAUGAUAUGCAAGAAGAGUUAGGUCAAUUCAAGAGGAAUGUCGUAUGGGACUUGGUUCAUAGGCCUGAAGGAACAAAUGUCAUUGGCACAAAAUGGGUCUAUAAUAAUAAAUCUGAUGAAAAGUGUUACAGGCUUUAG